AUGGCACUCAAGAGAGCUCCAGGUUCUCCCUCUGCAAAGAGGAUGAGAUCAAAUGCGCAUAAUGUUGUGCAGACAGUGGAUAGUGCCAAGGGCACUAGAAGCAGUCCCCCAAAUGUCCCUCCCGAUCCUGGUGUGACUCCAGGGCCCCAAGAAGGCCUGGAUACACUGGGUCCAGAUCAACCUAGCACUUCAAAUGUGCUAGGUAUAGAAGCACCUUCUCUUCCUGAGAAGGACCCUCCUGACACACUGCUAGAGCCAAAUAGGCCUCCCAAUGCUCAAAUCCCCGACCCUUCUGUCAAGAUCAUUGACACUGUUGGUGAUCGAGCAUCGACUCAACCUCAAGAGCUGGUCAACGACCAGCUCAAAGAAAUCAUGCAGACAUUGACGAGCCUAGUGGCUUGA